AUGACUAAAUAUUUUUUCAGAAAAAGACGAAAUGACUCCAAGUCCGUUGAUAACGUUACUCCUAAAAGAAACAACAACUUGUACAGUGAUACUGAGAUCAGUACUAAUAUUAGUGAACAACCCAACAAAAGCAACAAUGACUAUACUGAAAUAGAUUUGGAUGAUCUACAACCAGAAGUGACUAACGGUAUAGUUCUAAACCACAGAGACUCUCUAGAUUCCAGCACCUGUAGUAAUGUAUACUGGACGGUUGAUCCUCAUGAUUUAGAUGAAAACGAAAAUACGAAUAAUGAUAAUGUGAGGGAAAAGAGCAAAAGAAGUAAUGGUGCUGUAAAUAUCUGCUAUUCUAAAGAUGAUGUAAUUCAAUCACCUAAUAGAGAUCAAACCAAAAAAAAAGUACAGGUUGUGGUCAUAGCCAAUGAUCUGCCAGCAAGUAAACCAGACAACACUCCUCAGAAAAGCAACCGUUCACCUAUAAAGCCCAGAAAAUUCCAAGCGGCAUUCAGCAAUAAAGAAGCUGAAAACGAGGGAUCGGGGGACAUUUCUAGUGAGUUGGGUGAACACCCUGUAUCCCAAACAAACGCAGAUGAUAUAGAAACUAAAGUUAAUGAUAAACCUGGUACAACUCCUGAAAGCAGUUCAAUAUGUGUUCCCGAAGAAGAGAUGAAAGAUAAUUUCCUUUAUAGCAUGGAUGGUACGGAAUUUCAAGAUUCUCAAAAGUGUGUUCCUGAAGAAGAGAUGAAAGUCAAUUUUCUUCAUGACAUGGAUGAUGAUGAUACGCAAUUCCAAGAUUCUCUUAAGUGUGUUCCCGAAGAAGAGAUGAAAGACAAUUUCCUUUAUAGCAUGGACGAUACAGAAGUCUAAGAUUCUUUAAACUGUGUUCCCGAAGAGGAAUUAAAAUUCAGUCCAGCUAAUUCCGUGAUGGGGGAUAAACAGGUAGUGAGUCCACGAGACAUGCCAAGCGAUUCUCGUCAAAGAGAACAAGAAGUGCCAGAAACAUGUUCCAGCCAGACGAAGAUAUCAUAAGGAAUCCAAUUUAUAACGUGAGAGACAAUAACAGGCAACUGUACCUCAGUGCCUUCGGGUGAAGAAAGUCUGGACAAUCAUCCACAGUGUGUUCCAGAAAAAGAAUUUUUUUAAAAACGAAAAUGACAAUCAGAACUGCAUAUUAAGAGACAAGUAAAAAAAAAACCCAAAUGAAGUCCACAAAAACGACACGAAAAUCAAUUAUAUUUACUACGUGAAAGACAGUAUUUCAGAUGUAGAUAUUAACAAAACAUUGAGCAAUUAAGGUGAACAAGAACUGAAAUAUUAAAUAAAAUGUGUUUCAGAAAAAGAUUGAUAAUAUUUAUAACAUGACAGAUGUUGAAUACGAUGAAACUGAUUUGGAGAAUAGUACUGAUUAUCUUGCAGAUGAGGCACAUAAUUAUUUUGUUCAAGAAGAACAAGAAGAACAAUCGAUUCACAUUAACGUUUACUCUAGCAGUUCCAAACUUACAAUCAAGAUAACAAUAUACAUAAGACGCAACUUCUAAAAGUGUGUAUAUAUAUUAUACAAAAUUAGUUUUACAAAAAGUCAAUUUGCGGAUUUUAGAUUUCUUACAGGUUGCUAGUUUUGUGCAAUGGAUUUCUGUGAAACGAAACAAAAUCCUUAUUUUAGUUUUUCGAAUUUUUGUUUUAAAGAAAUGUUUUUACACUCAUUGUUCGUAUGUUAGAUAACAGUACUUUGUAGUUCUGCUCCUAUUUAUGGUGUGUCGUUUUACGAUUUAACUGAUAUUAAGAAAUUCAUUUAUAUGCAUUUCUUGAUCGAAGUUUUUAAAAUGAAAAUAUAUUUUCUGAAAAUCAAUUUUUAAAAUGAAGAAAUCCCCGCCCUCUCUCUCUCC